GCGGCUGCGGCGCGGCGCUCCCGGCGCACUCGGAGCCCGGCGGGGACCGGGACGCGGAGGCGGGGUGGCCGAGGGUCCGAGUGCGGGAGCUGAGCCGGGCCCGGGGGCCGAAGUUUGCCCGCGGCUCCGGGAGGCGGCCCGGGCGGCUCCCAGCCCCUGCUCGCGCCCUCGCCCGGGACCCGCCGGCCGCCCGGGGGAACGGCAGCCGCGGCCGGGCCAACUCCGCCGCGGGGACGCCGUGACGGGAACUUGAGGCGCAAGGGGGAUGUGAAAGCCCAAAAUGACCCUCCUACCGGGAGACAACUCCGAUUACGACUACAGCGCCCUGAGCUGCGCCUCGGAUGCCUCCUUCCACCCGGCCUUCUUCCCGCAGGGCCAGUCCCUCAAGGGCGUCUUCUACCGCCGGGCGCAGCGGCUGCGGCCCCGGCCCCAGGACGCGCCCCGCCAGCCCGGCCAGCCCGAGGACCGGCGGCGCCAGAUCAUCAUCAACGUGGGCGGCAUCAAGUACUCGCUGCCCUGGACCACGCUGGAGGAGUUCCCGCUGACGCGCCUCGGCCAGCUCAAGGCCUGCACCAACUUCGACGACAUCCUCAACGUGUGUGAUGACUACGACGUGACCUGCAACGAGUUCUUCUUCGACCGCCACCCGGGCGCCUUCGGCACCAUCCUGACCUUCCUGCGGGCGGGCAAGCUGCGCCUGCUGCGCGAGAUGUGCGCCCUGUCCUUCCAGGAGGAGCUGCUGUACUGGGGCAUCGCCGAGGACCGCCUGGACGGCUGCUGCAAGCGCCGCUACCUGCAGAAGAUCGAGGAGUUCGCCGACGUGGUGGAGCGCGACGACGAUGAUGAGCCGCUGUCCAGCGAGGACCCCGACAGCGAGGGCCCGGCCCAGGGCGAGGGCCGCCUGGGCCGCUGCAUGCGGAGACUGCGCGACAUGGUGGAGAGGCCGCACUCGGGGCUGCCCGGCAAGGUGUUUGCCUGCCUCUCGGUGCUCUUCGUCACCGUCACGGCCGUCAACCUGUCCAUCAGCACCCUGCCCAGCCUGCGGGAGGAGGAGGAGCAGGGCCAGUGCUCGCAGAUGUGCCACAACGUCUUCAUCGUGGAGUCGGUGUGCGUGGGCUGGUUCUCCCUCGAGUUCCUCCUGCGGCUGAUCCAGGCGCCCAGCAAGUUCGCCUUCCUGCGGAGCCCCCUGACGCUCAUCGACAUGGUGGCCAUCCUGCCUUACUACAUCACCCUGCUGGUGGACGGCGCGGCCGCGGGCCGCCGCAAGCCGGGCGCGGGCAACAGCUACCUGGACAAGGUGGGGCUGGUGCUGCGGGUCCUGCGGGCGCUGCGCAUCCUGUACGUCAUGCGUCUGGCCCGCCACUCCCUGGGGCUGCAGACGCUGGGCCUCACCGCCCGCCGCUGCACCCGCGAGUUCGGGCUCCUGCUGCUCUUCCUCUGCGUGGCCAUCGCGCUCUUUGCGCCCCUCCUCUACGUCAUCGAGAACGAGAUGGCCGACAGCCCCGAGUUCACCAGCAUCCCCGCCUGCUACUGGUGGGCCGUCAUCACCAUGACCACUGUGGGCUACGGGGACAUGGUGCCCAGGAGCACGCCCGGCCAGGUGGUGGCGCUCAGCAGCAUCCUCAGCGGCAUCCUGCUCAUGGCCUUCCCCGUGACCUCCAUCUUCCACACCUUCUCGCGCUCCUACCUGGAGCUCAAGCAGGAGCAGGAGCGGGUGAUGUUCCAGAGGGCCCAGUUCCUCAUCAAGACCAAGUCGCAGCUGAGCACCAUGUCCCACGACAGUGACAUCUUGUUUGGAAGUGCCUCCUCGGACACCAGAGACAACAACUGAGCCCAGAGGACCGGUCCCGUCGCCACCGCCACCGCCAGGAGCCGCCCUCCCUGCCCCCUGCCCCCAGCUCUGCCUCCCCUCUGCGGUUUGAAGCUAUCGCCGUCGCUCCCAGACGACUUCGAAGGCACGUGGGCUCGGAGCGCGGCCCCUGCAUGGGACCAGCUCGAACCACACCCCAAGAAGGACGUCUGCAACAGCCACAGAGGGGUCCCCACCGCUCCACCUCCACAAGUGAAGCCGUAGCCGGUCAAGAGCCCAGCACACAGCUGUGUUGCCCCCCACCCCCACCCCGCCCCCAUAUCUGUUCCCCCCCCAAUAAGGAGAUGGCUUUGUUCUUUCUACCAUGUAAAUAACAUGCCCAGCAAAGACUUGCUUUGUGGGUCCGCCCGGAGAAAAAAGGACAAAUGACAACAGGAACGUGUGUGUUGAGUGUGGAUCAUGUGCAAUUAAAGAAAACCGAUGAAAAAGAGAAAAUGCCUUCCAUGGGGCUCCGAAGAGGGGAAGCUGUUUGCCAGCAAAGCCAGCCCGCGUGGGUACUGGGACCACAACUGGCCUGUUUGCUUGGGUCGUUCAGGCCUGGUGGGGCCCAGUGGGGUUAGAGAAUAGGGAGAGAACAGACACUUUGGGGAAAUUGUCAGUAAACACCGCAUUCCCUUUCUGCUUUUCUUGGAUUCCUCCCACCUCCUGGUCUCUCUUCCUCCCUCUUUCCUUCUCUUCUAUCCUCUGUUUGCUUCUUAGGUGCUUUAGGGUUCUCAGACUUUUCCCCCAAUGCACCCCAGUGGUUCAGUGGACACCAAGGGUCCUGUCCGCAUUGCCAAAUACAGGGGUGAAAUCACUUCGUUUUAUCUUUUAAAAAUACUGUGGAUUUUCUUCUCUAUUCUACAUUCAUUUUAACAUUCUUAAAAAAAAAAAAUGCUUUAAAUCACCUCCCUGGAUAUAAAUCUAAAUCUGAAGUGGGGUUGAUGCUUUGGGAAGGUGGGUCAUGGGCCCCCGGGCAGUCUGAGAGCCACUGUAUGGGGUCCCCUAAGGCCUCCCUGUGUGGGGCCCCCUAAGGCCUCCCCAUGCCCUCCAGAAGCCUCCUGAGCACCCUCCCAGCACCCUCCUGGCUACAAUCUGCUCCUGAUGCAUGUUAGAGACGACCCCUAUCCCCCUCACCCCCAACCCCCGCCAGCCAACAGAUUUACUCAGCCCGAGGGCUCCAGAGCCCUUCAGUGCUAGGACAAGGAGGCGGCUUCACCCCCAGUAUGAACCACAGCCCGGCUUCACCCCCACGGCUACAGCAACAUGGCUUUCUUUAUCCAAGCCUGCUGCUGCCUCGGCCGUGACCCCUCCCUUGGGCCGGCAGCAGGAAGCUCGCUCUGACACAGAUCUGACCGUCUGACCUGGUGGCCUGCGUCCGCCAGGGGCCGCCCAUGAUAUGGAGACUAAAACCCAGAUGCCCUGAGGGACCCGGGCCCUGUCCUUCUCUCCAGCUUCAUCCUGGCCUGUCUGCUUUGCUCCCUCCACAGACCACAGGGCCCUCCGGCUCUGCCGACACACCCAGCCCCUUCCCAGCUCCGGCUCACAUCGGCAGAUCCCUCUACCUGGAAUGCCCUUCCCGAAGAACCCUCCACAGCUGGCCCUUCCCUCACUUCCCCGGCCACCUCUCUAAAGAAGGCACAGCAGCCCCUCCGUCUAACUCCUCCUCCCCUGCUUCGUCGUCUUCAUCGCCCUGUCGACCUUCCAAGAUGCCCCGUGUGUUCCCUGCCACUCGGUCACGGUCUGUCUCCUGCACGAGGUCAGUGCUACUCUGGCGCUGUGAGUCCCUACGGGGCAACGGCGCUCACUGCUGACUCCCAGCACCGAGCCCUGGACCCGAAAUGUCUGGGGAGCAAAUGAAUGCAGGGAAACGGGAAAGACGGCCAAAAAGCAGAAAGGCCUUCAAGCACGUCUUCUCUCUGUCUUGGGUGGGGAGGCCUGGCGAUCUUAGCCCCAUGCACUGCGAGGCAGAGUGGAAAUAUCCUGUGAGUCACGAGGGCCUCGUUAAAGGCUCCCCUGACACCUGCUUCCCGUGACUCACGCCUGAAAAGGAAGUUUUCCAUCUCAUUAGCUCUACCUUCCCCAGCCUGGUGGGUGUCCCAGCAAUUGGGCCCUGCCGUCAUGGUAAUAAUACCUUAGAUUUGUGGGAUGACCUUUCUUUCCCCCUCCAAAGUGGCUGUGAGAGGCAGGAGACAAUUGAAAAUGCUAAACAGAGAGAAACAUGACAGAGGGCCGUGUACAAUGGAGCCCUUGAAAACUCAGUGGAGUGGAAAGCAAAUACGUUUCGGGGUGGAGGAGGGACCCCCAAACGGGCCAGCACUGGCAGGGGAGCUGGGCCCCCCGCACAUGGAGGGCAGAGUCUAGGGCUGUCCAGAGGAGGAGCUGGGGUCACAGAAGGGUUGAGACUUCUGCACCUUCUUGCACAGGUUCUGAUGGGCGCUGGGUGUCCAAGACACCCAGACGUAGGCACCCUCCACACCUCCCCUGAGGGACAGAGGACCUCUAGACACGUGCACACCCAGAACGCAGCGUAGGGUCUUUGGCCCUAAUUAAGAAUUAAGAGGCCUUGGAACUCCUAACCAGCUGCUUCUAGGGCAAAAGGGACCAACUUAACGAUGACCGCAUUUGCGUUUUUUUCUGGCAAUGUGGAAUCUGACGCAGAAAGCCCAGCUGGAAAUCACACUGAAAAACAACCCCGCUCAUUGAAGCGUGGGGGCAAAUUCCUUGCCCCUGCCCUAAUGGGGCUUCCCUUUUGACCCUGGUACAGGCAACAGACCCCAUACAGCUGGGAACGCGGUGUGCGAGUCACGACCCUAGGAGAAACAGCAAAGCAAGCCUUUCCAAAUUUGUUUUAUUUCUUGGGUCCCAUGGUUAUCCUCCAUCUCCGAUUUGGCUCUCGGUGCCUGCAAGACUCACUGCGGGGGGCUUGGGAAGGCAGAUUUAACAGCCCGGAUUCCCGGGCCCUACCCCUGAGCACGUUCAGGACUUCUCUCCUUGCGCACAGAAUGUACAGGGAAGCCAAAAAAAGACCCAGUAAUCAAGAUCAAUCAUAUUGUAAUGCAGUUUUUUUUUAAAUCAAAAUUAGGGGCACCAGGCUGGCUCAGUCAGUGGAACAUGUGACUCUUGAUCUCAGGGUUGUGGGUUUGAGCCCCACGUUGGGUGUAGAGAUUACUUAAAUAAAAUCUUUAAAAAAGAAAAAAAAUCAAAAUUAAUGCCCCAAAUCCACAAUGAACUAAAUAUCAGAAUUUUAGGUAAAGAUGGGCUCUGCCUUUGCACUCACGUGAUUCGGCCCCACGUGUUGCUCCCUCGUUCUGAUCCUGCCCCGCCCCCUAGGCGUACCCUGAAAGACCCCUCCAACGGGCCGAGGGCUGGUUGUCCAAGAAGUGCAGGUGGGAGCCGUUAGCAACUGGCACCCACAGUUGCUGGGGCAUGAGCGCCCAUCCCACUGAGGGAGAUGAGCGCAGGCACCAAGACCACCUCCCACCGCAGAACCAGAGCCCUGUGAACUGAAGGUGAUAACUUCUGAUGUUGGUAAGCACAGAGUUACCUGGAGAGGGGUAACUGGGACCAGGUAGAGAGAAGCCACUUAAGAAAGUCAGGGAAGGGGGCCGCCUGGCUGGCUCAGCCAGAGGAGCAUGGGACUCUUGAUCUCUGGGUUGUGAGUUCGAGUCCCACGUUGGGUAUAGAAAUGACUUAAAUAAAUAAAGUGGAGGGGAAAAAAAGAGGGUCAGGGAAGGUCUCUCUGAGGAGGUGGACUUUAAAGGGGAUCUGGGGGAGAGGUGUGGAUGGCAAUCCAAGCCGAGGGGACAGCCCAGGCAAAGGUUAAGAGGUGAGGAAGAUGGAGACAUUGUCCAGUUGUCAAGGGAAAACGUGGGCAUGGAAACUCAUCCCUGCUGGGCACAUCCUUCCUCCCAGGGAGAAAACGCAGAUCUGCAAAGUGGACACUGAGCAAGUAUUUCCAGCGAACUUUCUCUGAAAUAGUCUUUGUCACAGCGGCUGGGGACAAGACAACCAAAAAAACAGAACUGGACCCAGCCCCUGCCCCAGAGGUGCUGAUAAUCUGAUGGAGGAAAAGACACGCAAGUAGACAUUUCCAGACACGUGGAAUGAUGGGCGUGCGGGCACGGGGGCUGUUGGAGCGUGAAGGAAGAUGUCAAAGAAAGCCCGGUUUUCACGCAGAUUUCCAUUUGCUAAAAUGGCGUCACGUAUGUUUUCCUUCAGAAACAAAUAAAGUGUU